CAUGGGAAUUGGGAAAAAGUAAUGUUUAAUUCAUUCUCAAUUGUUUUUAAUUCAAAUUUGUUGCCAUAACAUAUUAAACCUUUCACAAUUUAAUAAAUGCUGCCCAAUAUAUCUUUUUUUUCAACAUUUUAUACGAUUUCUAUACAUAUAAUCACAAGAUUAGAUCAGAUUAAGAUUAGUUUGUUGGAUUACUGGAUUAGGAAGAGAUUUAAAGUUAAACCCUAGUUCCAGUCCUCUCGCGGUUUUUACAAUUGAAAAUUCUUGAAACUUUUUGAAACUCUAUUUUAUAUGAAACUGUAAGAUUUUUGUUGGUUUUCUCGGGAUUUUUCGAGGUUUCUUUUGUUUCUGAUGGAAAUAUUACGACAUGAAACUGGUUAACUCCAAAGUGUGGGGACUUUAAACAAGCAAUUUCAAUAUUUUUAAGCUUUAAUUAAACUUCUGGAAGGCAGGAAAGCUAGACCAGGUCUAGAAUACCAUAUACUGUAGCUUUAUAGCUGCAAGAAUAUAAACAAAACUCACUGAGUACUAUGGGUAAAAGGUAUUAUUGUGAAUACUGUGACAGACAUUUUGCUGAUUCUCCCGGCAAUCGGAGGAAACAUAUAAAUGGCAUCCAACACAAGCGAAACCGCAAAAUGCAUUAUGAUUCAUUCAAAGGUACAGUAUUGAUACGUCUAGAUGUCUAGCAUUCACUGUCAUUCCCAUCUAAGGGGCUGUUUAGCCCGGUAAGCAAGAUCUCAAUGUGUAGUUAUUUUUAUAGUGAAAAUUAUCGUUUAUAUGAUUACACUUACACUUGCAAGCGGGCUGGUCCCGUUGCUGGGAUAAAAGUUCAAAGAUGCCGCGGCGAGCUAUUAUUAACAAGUAACAACUGCCAGAACAACAAAAUUGUCCAUGCAAGCGGGAUGAAAUUUUCUCAUAUAAAUGCAAGAGAAAUUUAUCCCGCUUACUGGGUCAUAUAAAUAAUACCCCAAAGGAUGAACAUGUUUUACUAACGCAUAUUUGGUGUUUGUUGUGGGUGAUGUCGACAAAAGUAUUAGACCACAGGAUUAUUAUUGUUUGUUCGGUUAUGCAUCCUCAGUAUAAAGAUGGGCACAAGACGCAUUAUGCGUCUAGACGAACUAUCAUCGGUUGUGCGUCUCUUAAGACGAAGAAUUGAACACAGUUCAUCUAGACGCAUAAUGUGUCUUGUGCCUGUCUUUAUACUAAGGACACAUAACCAGACGAACAAGAAAUGCUUGCCCAAGUUUGUUCAGACGCAUAAUGUGUCUGAGCGUCUCCAGUAUAAAAACGGUCAAUGUUUGCAACUUUGCAUGCAUCUCAGACUGUUUAUCCUUACGUGCAAACAAUAUAAAAAUAUCAAAGUUCAGAAUUGACAUUAACCAUUGAAUGGCAGCACUCUCCCUCUGAUGAGUAAAAUCGUCUGGCAUUAGACAGUAAAAUAAUAAAGUAGGGUGCAUCUUAACCUGAAGUUCAGGCCCUAAUUUGAAAUAGGGCCUGACACAAAACCUGUCUAGACCGUGGGACGCCCACAUGUUAUUUUUAGACACAACAUGCAAUAUGAUUGACAAGUGUUGUAGAUUUCGUUACACAAAAAAAUUAUAUUCUCAUGAACAUGUCCGCAGAGUGUGCAUUUUGCUUUAUAAUUAAACUUAAAAAUUCAAGGUACUUUUAUAUAAAUAAGAUUCAGACAAAGAUUUAAUUAGUCAGUUCUGUGCACGGCUUGACUGCCAAGCUUUCUCAAGGUCUCAACUUGCUGGACGCGGAUAUUUAUAGGGAUAUACUUUAUUAAAACGGGCUAACAACAGCAACAAUGAAAUUCUCAAUCGUACCACGAAGAAGGCGAUGUAGCUCAGAAAACAACGCCGGUAGGACCUGAUAUUAAAAAUAAGACUUUUGCCGGCGAAUGGCGUUGGCAGAACAUCUUGGCUGUGACAGUUGUCAACAACAAGCUUUCGAAUACAUGACUUAGUUUGGCUGUUCUUUCGGCGUCGUGUGUUGAAAAUUCGUCCAAGAUUUUGAUAAAGCCCUUUCAAAAUACCGUUUGUUUGAUUUAUUUUCUGCCAUAAAUCAUAAAAGAAAAAGAAAUUCGAAGAAAUCGAUAAUGGAAUUUGUACGUGCGUUUGACCUUUAUAUUAAUGGAAGUGGAUAUUCGUCCGACAUUCCCAUAUCUUGACCGAGCUAUUUUUAAAACUGUUGUUUAUGUAAACUUGCAACCAAUCAAAAUCCUUCAUGAUGCUGAUCAACCAAUCAGAUUUCCCGUCCACCAGAUGGACGGGAAUCCCACACUUUAGAUAGGUUUUGUGUCAGGCCCUAUUCUGUGAUUAGGGCCUGAACUUCAGGUUAGGUGCAUCUCAGUGGUGGCAACAGAAAUUUCCAGACGGAGGGGCUAUGUUCCCCGACAGGGGGGGGGGCUAUGCAAUUUUUUUCAUGGUUAAGCAUACAAUAUAUACUAACAUAUUUUAUAUACUUAAAAUAUACAAUUGAGCCAGCAUGAUGCGUUCUUUAGAGAACGUACGCAUCAAUAUAUUACGGAACUCACCGAACUGUGGAAACGCAUCAAAAAUUUGUAUUACCGCCACUCCCACAAACGUCUACGACCACACCUACAUAUUUUUGCAUGUUUACAAUUCUAAUUUGAAACAGCCAAUCGACGUUUACAGGUAAACUACGUGAAGCGUUCCUCUUUUGAGUUUCUAAAUUGAUUGCAAUUUUCCUCAUUACUUUUGCAAUUUAAAAAACUCCCUUGAGGAAAUUUGCAAUGUUGCUAAAAGCCAAAAAAUUUUUCCUCAGUUCCUGUUAGAAGUUCUUAACUUCCUGUUACAAGUUCCUAACUUCCUGUUCUGUUCUGGGCGUUGCAAUUGGCUAACAAAAUAAUCGACCAAUAACAACGCUCACAACAGAACAGGAAGUUAGGAAAUUAAAACAGGAAGUUAGGAAAAUUUAAAAUGAAGUUUGGAAUAUUGCAACAGCCGAUAGGAACGUUGCAAAUUCCCUCAAGGGAUUUGCAAAGAGUUUUUCAAAUUUGCAAAGCUAAUGAGGAAAAUUCCAAAUGAGUUACGAAGUCAAAAGAGGAACGCUUCACGUAGUUUACCUGUAAAUUAAUUGUAAUUGUUACCAAGAGCCGGGGAUUGGCUGUUUCAAAUUAGAAUUGUAAGCAUGCAAAAAUGUGCGGUCGUAGAUGUUUGUGGCAGUGGCGGUGAUGCACAGCUUUUAUACUCUGAUGAGUAUCAGACUUUAUUAUCCAACUCAAUGGUUACGGGUGCCUGAUGACCAGACGAGUGAAGGUGUCUGAAUUGAGAUUGUCUAUUUGGCGUGGGUGGGUGGGUCGUGCGUCGUGGGUCGUGCGUCGUGGGUCGUGCGUCGUGGGUCGUGCGUCGUGGGUCGUGCGUCGUGGGUCGUGCGUCGUGGGUCGUGCGUUAGUAAAUCGCAAAAAAAAAUUAAAACCGAACUAUACCAUGAACUGUCAAAAUUUUGCACCAAUCUUUUUAGCUAUAUGCCACAUCUCUAUUAACUAUGACCACAUUGGCAAAAAUGCUGGGUGAACUUGUGGGUGGUUGAAUUUAAUUACAGUAAUUUAACUUGUAAAAGACAUCGGUGACCUCCAAAUUUAGGCUGUUGCGGUAUAUCGAUAAACCGAUAAUUAUCUUUUUUUUAUCAAAAUACCGAUUACUCGAUAUUGGAAUUUUCAAUAUAUCGGAAUAUCGAUAUUUUUCGGUAUUAUCGAUAUCACGUUUACGUUUGUAUAUUUAAACGCCAUAUCAAGCUUUUUCAAAUUUCAAGCGCUGAUUGAAGUUACUCAGAAGGACAAAGACGAUCAAUGUGUUAACUCCGCGGGAAAAUCCGUCAAUUAAGGUUAGAACGCGAUCUAAAACGUGUUUGUUUAUACGUUACGUUGGCGUACGUUGCAAGGUACGGUAAUAUGUCAUUUCGCUUAGUUAUAGGUAAUAUGUCAUUUCGCUCGUGAACUUUUAGAACGUAAACAACGGUGGAUUACAAAUGUUUUAGAAAAACAAGAACUAACCUCAUUGGACAUUGUUAGUUUUCUGCUGAUAUAUGACGAUCUUUGUUUCGAACUCGCAGUUGAAUAAAAUGUUUUGAAACAAUUUCCCGGACAAAAAUAUCACACAUGUUUCAUCCGAUGCGGUAAUCAAUGCUAAUAUUAGGUAAUAUGCAAUUUCAAUUCGUAACGGCGGACACAUCACAGGCUACUGAUGGGUCUCACACUUUAUUGAAAAUAUCACGCACCCAAUGAGUCAAAGCUGUUAUAUCGUGGCUGUUUGGCAGCAUUUGAAAACAGAAAAUUUUGCAUAAAUUAAGCAAAUUUUGCAUAAAAUUAAGCAAAAUACAAUCGCGAAAAAAUAUCGGUAUUAUCGGUAUUUUUUUUCCGGUAUCGGUUUUCGUUUUGUUUUUCAAAUACCGCAACAGCCUACCCCCAAUUUUUAUUUCAUAAAAUGAUUUCUUUUAGUACACUCAAUUGUUUUGACAAUUUAUUAAAAUACCGAUCUAAAUGGUGAAUUUUCCAUUUUUUUGAAAACUGUGUCACUCCAUUUUUUUGAAAACCGUUACGGCCUACUUUAGGGGCCGAUUACAUGGAGAACUUUCAACCCCGGGGUUGAACUCUGCCCUGUUAACCGGGUUGAAAUCUUUUGCGAUUACAUGGACGAUUUCAACCCCGGGGUUGAAACGCUAUACUAUACGUUCUCGGCAUCAAUUCCCGGAAGUAAAAAGGCCUUUAUUUUGUUUUCUUGUAAUAAAUAAUCUCUACCACGUAUGCUCGAAUAACUCAUGAUAAUUUCAACCCAGGGCUGAGUUCAACCCCGGGGUUGAAAUUUCAACCCUGCUAGCUGAAGCAGGGUUGAAAUUUCAACCCCGGGGUGAACUCAGCCCUGAGUUGAAAAUUUUGUCAUGUAAUCGCGCGUUUGAUUUUGAUUGAGUUUUGUAUUACAAACAGGGCUGAAAUUUCAACCCAGUAAACAGGGCUGAGUUCAACCCCGGGAUUGAAAAUGCUCCAUGUAAUCGGCCCCUUACGCAAACGUGAAUUCCAAUUGCAACUUUCAUGCUUACUUUUGUCUGUUAUCUGGGCGGUAUGCUAGCUCGUCAAAAUUUUAAGUAUUUAAACGGAUAACUGCAUUGAAAAGUCCUUCAAAACAGUACAUUUCAGUUUAAGGAUUCUUCAGUCAGGGUGGGGCAAAAUUGCUAAAGGGCCCAUUCUCUCCUUGUCCUCCCCCAUGCAGAAUAGUAUACGAUCGCCGAAGGUGUGAGCUGAGUACCGUAGGCUCGAGUUAGCUAGUGAUGGUUUUAAAAUUUGGGUCUCUGAAAUAGCAUUUCGUGCAUUCUAAGGACACAUUUUUUAAAAAAGUUUUAAUCAGGUGAAAUUUGUAAUAAAUUGCAUGCUAAACAUUCAAACACAACAUAAGUUCAGUUCAAACACAACAUAAGUUCAGUUACUAUAUAGUAUGCUGCACCAACAAAUUUAGUUUAUUAAACUUUUUUUCAAUGUUAAACUCAUUUACUCAUACAAGUCCUAGGGACCUGGCUUUGGGGCAAUAGCCAUUGCCAUUUUUUUCACCAGUCCACAGUAUUAAAAAAUGCCUUGCUUCAAAAAUAGCACAUUACACUCAUGGCAUAAAAUUAGAUUACAACACGACUGGAUAACAGUCUUACCAGAGGAAAUCAUGAAAGUGGCAAUUGCAUGCAGUCGCGUUAGCGUAAAAGUAGGCCGUACUGAAAUUGUCAUAUCUCAACGGGCAUUUUAGGUAUAUUUAAACCGAUAACUGCAUUGAAAAGCCCUAGAAAAACAGCACAUUAUAGUAGCAUAAAAUUUGAUUACUACAUGCACAGAUAAUCGAGAAACUUAAGCAUGAAUGUUGCCAUUGUAAUUCGCGUUUGUGUAAAAGUAGGCCGUACUGAAAUUGUCAUAUCUCAACGGGAAUUAACGUUACUUUUAGGAUGAUAACUGCAUUAAAAAGCCCUUGAAAAACAGCACAUUAUAGUGGCAUAAAAUUAAAUUACUACAUACCCAUGCAGAUAACAAAGAAAAAUAAGCAUGAAAGUUGGGUUGGGAUUUUAAUUCUGCAUGAAAAAUACAAAUACCACUCUAUAUGCCUUCAUAUCCGCAUUUUACCCUCUCACCGUCCGUUCGCAUUUUACCCUCUCAUCCGUCCGCAUUUUACCCUCUCUGUCCGCCCGUUUUUUACCCUCUCAUCCAUCCGUCCGUCCGUCUGCCGUCUAUCUGUCUUAAAAAAUAUUUCCAUUGUCUAUACGACGCUCAACACCGUACCCACGACGCACGACGCACGACCCACGACGCACGACCCACGACGCACGACCCACCCACCCACGCCAUUUAGCCAUCCUCGUCUGUGUUUAGAUUUUGUAUGUUUCUGACGUUAGUGGUUUUGAAAAACCUCAUCACAAACUGUGCAACGAACUUUAAAGCAUAUGGCCUUUGCCAUAAAGAAUAUGUAACCAGCAAAUACGGCCAAAGAGCGAGUAUUGCUUUCCGAUUUCCAAAUUGGAGAUGAUUGCCGGUUCACGUAGACAUAUUCCGCAGAACAUUUAUUUCAUGUAGAAAGUCAUCGAUGACGAUGUCCUCUUGAGUGCGCCAAGCGAGAUACUGACUAAGAUACAGUACCUUUACUGUAUUAUAAGAGUUAUUUACAUAAAAUGCCCAAGUGUACGUUUACAGGCCUUUAUAUAUGCUAUGCGAAUUUAGAAUAUGAGGUAAGUAUAAUGUUGUCAUUUAGCGUGCUAUAUUUACAGUAUGUAUUGAUGACUAAACAGUUUUGUCGGCACAUAGCAAUAUCCAUGCAUGUGCAAUACCAUCGCGUCAGCGCAAUGAAUACCCAUACAUGUGCAAUACCAUUAGUCACCAUUACCUCAGCACAAUGUUUGGAAUGUCUGGUACGUAAUAGGUACACUACAGUUGCACCUUGCUGGCUAGUGCUGAAGUGAAUCAGGCCUUAAAAUAUCGGUCGGUCACGGACGUUGUCCGACCCAUUCGUGAAAUUGUCCGACGUAGAGAGGAAACCACUGGACAUUCUGUCCGACCAAAAUGAAACUGUGGUUUAUUGUUUGUCCGACCCGAGUGUAUUGGUGUCCGACCGAACUGCAACCUCGUGCUUUGUCCGACGUAAUGUACCCUAGUCCAGGACUAGAGGCUUGUUUGUUAAAUGAAAAAUCAGAGUAUACUAUUGUACAAAGGGUGAACUGGAAAUGUUGUUUUAACGUAGUCGAGCGCGGGGCGGCGAGCGAAAUGGUCGAAAUAGAAUUCUUUUUUAAUACUGUUGUUCUGGCAAGCAAGUUAAUUUUGGCGUGGCAAUAAGCAUGAAAAAACAAAUUAUUUAAUACCUUUACAACAUUUACCGUUAUUCAUUUGUGUCAUUCGGACUUAUUUCCGAGUCAAAACUGAACUGAAGGUCAUCGGACAUUUGUCCGACCCAAACUCAACGACACCAGACAUUAUGUCAGACGGCCCUGUAAAAGAUAUUUUAAGGCCUGAGUGAAUAAAUAUUAACGUAAAUGAUUCAUUAACGUAAUAACAUCGGGAGAACGAGCAUGGCGACAAGAUCGUGCUUUUCGGAAUUCCUGCACUUUUUUAAAUUAAAGAUUUUCGGAUAUGAUUUUCUGGACAAUUAUUACUUGUUGAAAAACGAAGAGUAUCUGACUGGCAUAACACAAUAACUACAGAGUUCGGAAUCCUAGCAGCCGUUGCUAUGGCAACAAUGACGUUACAACAUGGCGGAUGUUUUAUGUUUAAAGUAUUAAUUUAACUGGAAAAAAACUUCGGUCCCCCAUUUUUUAGUUCAUAAAAUGAUUUUCUAUUGGUAUUUUGAAUUAUUUUCAUGAUUUUAAAAAAUUUCUGUCAUGCCGAAAUUUUUCAAGAUAGGAAAAUGUGAAAAUUCGUAAUAAAUUUUUUUGCCAUUAUAGAAAUUUUUUAAAAUCAUGAAAAUAAUUCAAAAUACUAAAAGAAAUAGGGGUCACCGAAGUUAAAUUACUUUAAACAUAAAAUAUCCGCCAUGUUGUGACGUCAUUGUUGCCAUAGCAACGGCAGUUGGAUAAUAAUUGUCCAGAAAUUUGAUUGGAUUCAUAUCCAAAUCAGAAAAUCUUUAAUUUUUUAAAAAAGUGUAGCGAGCCACCUUAAAGGUUUUAACAUAGAUUCACAGUUGAAGAUAUACCACAUUUGUCUAGCAGAAACAAUUCUGUCUCCACUGUUAUCAACAAUAACCAUUGUCUUACCUCUAACCAUGAUUCCCUUCUUUACCUGAUUCUUUGAAGACCAGAACACCAAUUUCUCAUUCUCUCACAUGCAGACAUGUUUUUUAUUGAUUAAACUAGACCCAGUACAACUAUUGGCAGAAGAAUCUCAGAAGCUGCCGUGUAGAAGAUUUUUCCAGACAGGGUCAUGUGACUUUGGAGCUAACUGCCGUUUUUCACACACGAACCCACAGAUAUUUUUGGAACAACAUGGUAUAUUUUGAACUGCCAGUAUUUUGUUUUGCCAAAGUAUUGGGUCCUUGAAAAUGUACUGCACCCCAAAAAGCAUGGUUUGCAAAAAGGCCCAGAGUGUUGUAGACUUGCUCGACAAUUGUUUUGCCAUUUUUUUUACUAAUUAUAGCAAAAGCCCAGUCAUCAUCAAGUACUUCUAAAAGUGAACCGAAACUCAGUGUUUGGCUGGCUAGAUGGGAGAAGAAACGAAAAUAUCAGCACGGCAAUAAGGGGUCUGAGGAUGGCAAGGAAACGAACAUAGCUAACGAAGAUGAUACACAAACAUUUACAUUGCCAGCGAAUCUUCCACGAUUGCCUCAAUUACCUCCCUCUAUGUUACCACCUCCCCUAGGGGGAUACCCAAAGUUACCAAAAGUUGAGUGGGGCUAGAAGUGAUUGCAUGCAUUGUUUGAUCACCAAAUAUGUGAAAGAAAGCCACUUUUUAAGUUAAAACUAACUAUACUUUAGUUGAAUGUAAAUACUUUGUAUAAUGUACAAUACAUACAGGAUAUAAAACUACAUGAUAUUUUUUUCUACGAAGGAUUUUGUAUUGAGCGGUCUUCUAUCUACUAUACUGACCACUACAACACAAUGUAAUUUGUGAACGUUUUCCGGAUUGAUAGUGACUUUUAUUGAGCUUUCGACUCGGUACUUCGAGUCUUCAUCAGAAUUAUUGUAUACGUCGGGAGUAUCUGAUUGGUCAUUUGCUUAUUUGGUUGUUUACUUGUGGUACUUGUGUUGCAUGGUUACAGCACAAAAUCAGUUGCAUAAAAACACUUUUCAACACACACACACUGUGACACUGAGCAAUAUAAACAAGACGAACGCAAGUAUUUAUACUCUGUGGAUGAGAAAUUAGCAUUGUUUUGCUUUGCCGUGGAUUGACCUCAAUGCUUAUAAUGCUUCCAAAUUCUUCAAUUUGGUGCCACAAAGUACAGUAAAAUGGCAUUUCCUAG